AUGCCCUCCGGAGAUCGUGUGCCCUGCACGGCAGUAUCCAAGAAGUUCGCAACGGCUGAAACCUGGACCGUCAUCAUGAACAUUAUUUCUUGGAGUUUGCGUAUGCUUUCUAUGGGUGCUGUGAGCACUAAACUUCCCGACGGCUCUGGGUGGCUAAGCAAGGAGAAGCAAAAAUACUUCCGAAAGCACGGUGAUCAGUUGGCAGGGCGUGCUUUGUUAUUGCAGGUACGUGGGGAUUGGCCGUUCCUUCGGCAGUUGUUCCAAUUUCCAAGCUGGAGCUCGGAGUCGAUUUGUUGGAAGUGCCGUGCCAUGAAUGUGGACACGAGUAAUCCCCUGAGCUUCCGGAUCUGCAAUUCUGGAGCAGCGUGGAGGCGGAAUCGACUGUCUGAUGUUGAUUUCCUGACCGAGCUGCGUGCAGCAGGAGGUUCCCUGUCACCUCUUUUAAGCCUGCCCGGCUUCGUGCUGAGCUGUGUCGUCCUGGACUGGCUACACAUCGGUGACCUGGGUGUCGGUGCCGAUGUCAUAGGCAAUUUGUUCUGGCUCCUGAUCACAUCAAAUGUCUACUUUCCCGAAAGUGGCGCGGAGCAGCGUUUGGUGCGGCUAUGGCAGCGAAUUCGGGAUUUUUAUAGACAAUUUCGCCCUCCUAGUGUUCUGGACAAUCUCACCCUGGAGAUGAUUCGCCGAGAAGGGGCCAGCAAGAAACCCAAGCUUAAGGCGAAGGGAGGCGAAUGUCGUUACCUCGUACCAUUUGCUUUCGAGAUUUCCCGUGAGUUCAUGCAGACGUACCCUGAAGAUGGCACCAUGCGUUUGGUUGCAGGUCUGUUCGCUUUGCUAUUUCAAUUGCAAAAGCGUAUCUCUGCCGUGGACGAGGUUUUCGAUCACGAGAAGGCUGCUGAAGAAUGCCGUCGCUUUUGCGUACUUUACCAAACUCUUCAAGAACAGUCACCCUUCCCGUUUUGGCAGAUGAAACUCAAGGUGCAUUUAAUGGAAGAAAUGCUUGAAUACCAGACGGAGCAGCAUGGAAACCCCAGGGACUAUUGGACCUAUCGCGACGAGAGCUGGUGCGGGUAUUGGGCCAAAGCUUCCAAGAGACGAGGCGGUAAGAACACCUCCUCCACCAAUGCAAAGAAUUUCUUGCUGCGGUUUUUGGCCUCGGAUGCUCUCGACGGAGAAGCUCUGUAA